GCUAAGAUGGAUAAACUAUUUGAGGCCAGACGUUAAAAGAGGCAACUUUGCUGAAGAUGAAGAAGAUCUCAUCAUCAGACGUCAUGCACUCUUAGGCAACCGAUGGUCAUUGAUAACAGGAAGAUUGCCAGGACGUACAGACAAUGAAGUGAAGAACUACUGGAAUCCUCGUUUGAGGAGAAAGCUUAUAAACAUGGGCAUCAAUCCUAAUCAUCAUCGUUUAAAUCAUAGUCUUCCUCACCUUCAAAGUCUCGGUGCAUCAACUAGUACAACGUUGUCUGCUUCGAAAAGCCAUGAAUGUCAGCCUGUGAAAUGUCAUGUUGAUAAUAAUCAGGUCUCUGAUGCUGUCAGUGUUUUGGAAGAUGACCCAAGAGGCUUGCCUGAUCUGAACCUUUCUCUCACAUUGGACGUUCCCUCUCAUUCAAUUGCCAAUGCUGAAGAGUAG